AUGAUUCAAGAUACUGAGGCCGUCUUGGCAGAACCGGAAAAGCAAAAUGUCGAAAGUGCCAGCUCUCUAGUCAAACCUGAAACGAAUGUAGCUGAGAGUAAAUUGGAAUUAAUAUACAAAAUAAAUGAUGCCCCCUCUUGGUACAUGUGUAUUUUGUUGGGUUUUCAGCACUACUUGACAGCGUUCGGCAGCAAUCUGAUCGUUCCAAUUGUUGCGGCAAACUCGGCUUUUUGUAUGAAUGGUGACAGCGUUGGUAUUAGUGAGCUAAUUUCCACCAGCUUCUUUGUAUCUGGAUUGAGCACGCUGCUUCAAACUACUUUUGGAUGUCGCCUUCCAAUAAUGCAAGGUGCAAGUUUUAGUUUUCUUGCACCUGCUAUAACGUUAUUUUCGUUGAAAAAAUGGCAAUGCCCUUAUACAGGAGAUCUUUCUGUGAAUAACACUCUGCCAGAUGUUGGCAGCGAUGGUCACCGUGAAAUAUGGCAACUUCGUCUCCGAGAGUUCCAGGGUUGUCUGAUGGUCGGCAGCCUGAUCCAGAUCUUCAUCGGCUUCAGUGGGUUAAUGGAAGUGUUUUUAUCUUUUGUUGGUCCUCUUACCAUUAUGCCUACAAUCACUUUGAUUGGACUUGCGCUGUUCGAAGUCGCAACUAACUAUUCUGCCGGUCAAUGGUACAUUGCUUUGCUGACGAUGGCACUGAUCUGUAUAUUUUCACAAUAUAUGAAAAAUAUUGACAUACCCUGUUUCAUUUACAAGAAAGACAGUGGAUGCACAAAGACAUCUCUUUCCUUAUUUAAAAUGUUUCCUGUAUUAUUUGCCAUUUUCAUAUCCUGGAUACUCUGUUACAUUCUCACAAUCACAGACGUUUUCCCCAAAGAGAAAGGCAAAUGGGGCCACGCAGCCCGAACGGAUCUUUACACUGAUGUACUUUAUAAAUCAGCAUGGUUUCGUUUUCCAUAUCCAGGUCAGUGGGGGGUUCCAAACGUCAGCACAGCAGGCGUACUGGGUAUUUUUGCAGGUGUGUUCGCUUCCAUUAUUGAAUCAGUCGGAGAUUAUUACGCAUGCGCAAGAAUGGCUGAUGCACCACCUCCACCUGUUCCUGCCAUCAACAGAGGAAUUGGAAUGGAAGGUAUUACUUGUUUUUUGGCCGGUGCCUGGGGAGCUUCAAGUGGCAACACAUCCUACAGCGAAAAUAUCGGUGCCAUUGGCAUCACCAAGAUUGCAAGUCGAAGAGUGAUCCAAGUUGGUGCUUUCGUGAUGAUACUACUUGGAUGCUUGGGUAAAUUCGGUUCUCUCUUUGUCACAAUUCCUCAGCCUGUGGUUGGUGGAAUGUUUUUCGUCAUGUUUGGAAUGGUUUCUUCUAUUGGAAUUUCUAACCUCAGGGAUGUCUCUCUGGAUUCUUCUCGAAACCUCUUCAUAAUUGGUACUUCUCUCCUUCUCGGCUUGGCUUUACCAAUGUGGAUACAAAAGAAUCCUGGAAUGAUAAAUACCGGAAGUUCCGAAUUUGACCAGAUCCUUGGCGUACUGGUAGGAACAAACAUGUUGGUUGGAGGAUGUUUGGGUCUUUUCCUUGACAACACACUGCCAGGUACAGAUGAAGAACGAGGAAUGUUGUACUGGAAAAGAAUGCGUGAACAAACUUCUUCGGUCGAGAGUCAAGAAUUGAAAAUAUACAAUUUACCUGCUUGUUUCCAACGGCAAAUAGACAAGGUCCAUUGUUUCGCCUUUCUUCCUUUCUGUCCCGGCUACAAUUCUUACUUUUCCCGCGCCAUAAAACGUAUCUGCAAAUGCUGCAAGACAAACAAAGAUGCCAAAUUCACUGUGAACCAAAAUAAAGGAAAUAAGGACUUGGAAGGCAACGUAGAAAACGUUCAACUGAAAGAAAUUAUUUCGAAAUAA